AUGGCAGAAUUGAGGGUCUCUUCUCACGGUAAGGUUGUCAAAUACAUCUCUUUUGCUAAGCGUCUACUACAGCAGAGUCCUUCUGUGCAAAUUACAGCUUUGGGUAUUGCAAUUCUGAAUGUCAUAGCUACUGGUGAGCUGUUCAAAGGUCAACUGGCAAAUCUCCAACAAAUUGUCAAGACCACCAUGACGAAUGGGGUUUCCAUAAUUAUUAUAACAUUGAUCCUGGAUUUAUCUAAUGAUAUGGUGACUCAAAAUUCAGGUAGCUCAAAGAAAUGUUCCCGGCGGAAGAAGAGACGUGACAACACCAAUUCGGGUUAUAAUUCAGCUACUUCCAAAGCAGACCAUAAACAAUGGAGAAAAGUUCCUUCUCCUUCGCAUAAGGGUUGUCCUGCUACCGAUACUGUUCCUAGGCCAUUCAUAUCGGUUUCAAAAGACAUGAAUCAUGAUUGCCGGGGUAAGCUGAUGGAAUUCAUAGUGUUGGAUACUGUUGGCAGAGAAGCUAACCACCACCUAAUGGACGACUCAGUGUCAAGGCGACAGCAACAAAAGGAGGCCUUCGUCACACAUUGUAAAGACUUGUCAAUGGUAGGUGAAACUACAUAA